UGCUGUGUGUGCACGGUGUGUGUGUGUGCCUGUUGCAAAGUCGGCAAAUUCUGGAUGUACCGACGUAACCGUGCAGGAAAUGCUUUGCAUUGAGAUUGAAAAGCAUCCGUGGUUGUAUGAUAAGACUAGGUCUGAAUAUAAAGACACCUUGAAGCGAGAAAAUGCCUGGCAGGCAAUUGCACGCACCCUGAAGCUCAACGCGGAGGAGUGCAAAAAACAGUGGCGAACAAUCCGAGACAGGUACGCACGGGAGAACAGACAGACGACAGAGGACAGGCCAAGAAGCGGUGCCGGGAGUGACGAAGUCGUCACCUCCAAAUGGUCACUCUAUAAGUAUCUGGGGUUCCUCAAACCUCAUUUAAAGAGUAAAAAGCUACAAGAACAGAACACUGUGGAUGCCACAGGCAACUCCGAGCAAUACCAUGGGACCACUGCUCAGGGCCUUCUCCUCACAAUGAUCAACGAGGAUUCAUUUACGUCGCCCACAGACGAAACAAGCCAUGAAAUAAAUCAAAACAAGGAGAGCUCUGGCCAAGCCUUUGAAUCGUCGGACACAUACAGAGCGUUACGAGACCAGGAAGAGCGAAACGAGCCUCCCACUGUUCCACCCCACAAACCAUCCGAACGGAAGACUGCAUCAGGGGAGACCAGCUACCUCACACAGGCUUUAGCAGCAGCAACUGCAGAGAUGGCGAGUGGGAGCCGGAAUGCACGCCUGCAUAUUGAUGACUGUGACACAAUGUUUUUGUUAAGUCUACGGGACAGUUUUAAGGUUCUGUCAAACAAGAAAAAGAGGCUCGCGCAGCUACAGAUCCAGAAGGUGCUGUUUGACUUGGAGUUUGGUGAAGAGAGUGAAUAAGAUAACUACAUAUAUGAUGAAGGCAAAGUCUUCUUGAGUCUGAGGAGCGGUGACAAAUACGAGGACGACAGGGCAGAAAUACACGCAAGAAAGGACGCCCCGU